UAUCGAGUAAGAACAAAAUUUUAGAUUCGUACAAAAAUAAACUAUGGACGGAACAAAACGUAGAAAUGCUCUUCAAGCCCCGGUAUACAAGUUCCAAAAGAUAGCGCGCGUUACAAACAAUGGGUACCUGAACUUCUUAACUGAAUAUAAGAAGAUGUUCUGCGGGCUUUCCCCAAAGGACAUGGUACGUUUCGGAGCCAGACAGUGGAAUCAGUUGACCCUUAAAGAAAAAGAACUCUUUAAAAACACGGAUCCUGUGACCGUUACAAAAAGUGCUCCUCAGGAGCUUGAGAAUCAGUCCCAAGGGGAAAACCCCGGUAAAUCUGAGCGGGUCAAAUGCAGCCCAGCUCGCUCUCCCAGUGCCCGUGAGCGGAAGUCCAAGAACAAGAAGAAAGGGAAGCCAUCCAAGUCCAAGUCCAUCAAGAAGAGACCCAGCCUUGUGCUGAAGACCCUCGACCCAAGUCGUCUGGGCUCCGCCGUAGCCUAUAUGCAUUUCAUGCGCAAGUUUCAGAGGAAGAACAACAAUUUGAAGGCGAAUGAUCUACUAAACAAGGGAACUCGUCUUUGGUGCCGUCUGCAUGGAAGCCAGCGCCAACAAUAUGAGAGUCCGCUUUGUAAAGCUUUACUCAAACAAUAAUAUCUACCAUUUUUCAGGGUUGUGAGGACUGGAUAGGAAACACUAUUCAAUUUCAGCCGUGUUAAUAUGUGUAAAUUUGAAGCAAACAAUAUCUUAUCUAUUACCUAAAAGAUAUUUACAAAACAAGAAGAUUAACCGGCAGCAGAAACGGAUUAGCGUAUAAAUAUAUAAUACAAU